AUGGGAUUUGCAGUUGGUGGGUGUCUUAUGGAAACACCACAUCGUCUUGGUGUGGCGUCCUUACAGGAACUUCGUGAUCCAGCCCUCAUCAAUCGCUACCAACCUCUGUCUCUACUACUUAAACGCCGAUUCAGUAGAGAUGAUUUUGUAGAUGUCCGAGAUAAUUUUGAUUUCAUAUCCAUGAAAAGUGUUCCAGACGAAGGAGAAGUACCACUGAAGUAUCUGCUUUUGCCGCCUACGUCAACUUCACCGAUUUUGCAAAAUCCGCCUCUUCGAAAAAGAGAUGUUGUGCUUAAAUUUCUCACUAGAUUUACAAGAAGGACAAAACCACCAACUAAGAACGAGCAACUGCCAUUUGGUUCAAGUCUUGCAAUGUCAAAUCCUCUUCUCUCAGCCGAGAAACUUUCUCUUAUCACACUGACAUCUUCGCCUUUUCUUGAUUCACUAUACCCCAGCCGACUGAAAUCUUCUAUUAAGUUCAAACAGGAUACUGUCGAGGAUAUCCAGAAAACGAGAGACAGCUUCAACAUUUGGGGAAGACAACCUUCCGCCAACCAACCAGAGCGGAACAACUCUGUGUGGAGCCUAGAAGUUAUAACUAGCCGCUCCAGAAGAAGAAAUAAUAGAAGAUACCAAGAUUUUCCAUCGCUUAGUCCCUCCAAUGGCGAUGUAGCAAGACCAUCAAUAAACCUGGUAACAAACGGAGCUACCGAACCGGUGGUGGUCCAUACCAGUGUUGAAAUGCAACCAAAUAUCAACCAUCUUCCACAAGAGUCUGAUUUUGUUUCUCCUACACAUAUUCAAUCACGAAGUAACCCACCGACCACUUCUCCUAGAAGAGGUGGUUCUGGAUCAGGCUUCUCACAAUUUGAGUAUAUUGAUGUCAUUAGCGCACCAUCGCCCCUUGAAAAUCAAAGUUCAAAAGAAGUCCAAGACGAAGACUCGGACAGUGACAGCUAUUACUCAUUCCAAAAGUCUCCUCUCAUGUUACUUCGUCCCAGCAGGACAGACUCAGUCGUGGGCCAGUUGAGAUCAACAUUACAUAGACAAAGAACAACACAAACUUGA